ACACUGGUUGUUUUCAGCGAGGAGAAGAAGCGCUGAUCGGCCGCUGCUGGGCCCAUUUUAAAAACCCUUGUAACGUUUCUUUUUUAUCCGCUUGGUUUUCAGACAGCACCUCCCUUACCUCGCCAUGGCUCUGUGUGGGGGUGUCGGAGCCAUGGCUUUACCCAGCGAGCUUAUCGUCCAUAUAUUCUCCUUUCUGUCCGACCGAGACAAGCUCCGGGCCUCAGCCGUGUGUUGUCGGUGGAGGGAGUGUCUCUUCUACCCGGCGCUGUGGACCGAGCUCAAGCUGCGGAUAGGUGGCGGGCCGCUCGGCGGAGGCUCCGGUUCCGAUGAGAACCCGAGGCUGGAGUUCCUCAUGCGGAAGUUCGGUUAUUUCGUGCGGGAGCUGCAGCUGGAACUCGCACCGAUAGAAGGCUACCUCAGCCCCCUGAGCAACGACCCGUCGUCCGCCAGGAUGGACCAGCCGAACCGUCCGGACGGCGACCCGCCGCUCUCCGAGCAAUGGAGGGACGCCAUGGCCAACUACUUGGACCAGCUGCUGUGUGUGGUUACCAGCAUCCGCAACAACAGAAACCUGAAAAAGCUGACUUUGUAUGGAGACACCUGUAUUCUCCAGCAGGAGGGACUAUAUGAGAGCUCAAACAUGCAACAGAUCCACCAGGGGGACAAAAAGAUCAACGAAAUCCAGCAGUUGUUCAUGGAGUUGCUAUCCAACAGCCGGCAGCUGAGGUGGUUGUCCUGCAGCUUCAUGCUUGUUCUCGUGACUCCCUGCUCCUUAGCCUGCCUGUCUAAUCCUUCAGCUGAGACCCUGCGGCACCUCAGUUUACUGGACCACCAGCUAGGCCCCCUCAUCUCACCAUCAGAGUUAGAUCGGCUCUCUAAUCUUAAUUCUUUGGCGCUGGAUUUCUCUGACUUGACAUCUGAGCUUUGUGGUCUUCUGGCGUCUCCAAGCCGUACUCCACUGCAUCGUCUCUCCCUGCUGCUCAAUGGCGCCGCCCUGGAGUUCAAAUCGUUAGAAGGGACCGCUACAGAGGACGAUUGGAAGGCACUGGUCCGUGUGAGUGCCAACCUGCGAGUCUACAUCAUGGGCCUAGAUGUCGUCAGCUCGGAGCUCCUUAGGGUCCUAAAACCAAGCCUUCCUCUGGUGCGCCUCCACCUCGACAGUUACAGCACAGUGGUGACUGAUGGCACAUUGGAGCUCAUCUCUCAGCAGUACAACAAAACGCUGACUCACUUCCUGCUCCAGAGGGAUAACCCCGACUUCCCUGACCUCAGCAUCAAUCGCAACGAAGACCCACUGGUCCUUUUAGCAUGGAGAUGUAGUCAGCUGGCUGUACUGGUGAUACAUGGUUACACUGUCUGGUCCCAUAAUUUGGUGGCCAUCUCUCGGCUACGAGGUUCCAGUCUUCGCAUCCUGACCGUCUCUGAGGAGAGCAUCGACUUUGACCCCGACCAGACGGUGUGCAUGGAAGGCGACCCGGUCCACAACCUGGUCAAGGAGGUCUCCCUGGGCCUCGGCCGCGUCUGGCACCCUUGCCUGGAUUCUAGCCUGAUUUUGUCUGAACCCACCCAGCAAUUCCACCGUGAGCUGCAGGCUUUCAGCAUGGGCAUGUAGGCAAGGGGUUAACUCCAACACAUCUUAGUCUAAUCUGUUGUCAAGACCAGACCAGACCCACCAGGUCCAGCUCAGCUCAGACCUCUGAACCACGCAAAGAGCAGACCCUGUGAGAAAACUAAACCUAAUCUAUAAAGUUUUUCUUGUGAAUUGAUGUGAGCUGCUUAUUUAAAUUUUUCAUGUUUAAUUCACAGGGGUUUUAGCACACCAACAUUUAUUCAUAGUCAACCACUGGCAUAGUAUUUACUGAAUAAAUUAUCCAAUUAAGAAUGUCCAAAUAAAACUGGAUAUUAUAAUUGGCAUUUAAUCCUCUAACCAAUGGCCACAAUUUUUAAUGUGUCUGCUAAAAGGGGUCAUCCUGCUGCUUCACAUGCUCUGAUGUCUGGCACGGCCCGGUCUGGUCUUGUCCACAAGUAUUCAAAGAUCGAUGUCCCUUCUUCACCUUGAUAACCUGCAGAGCCUCUGUAUAAUGUAAUUUUUUUUCCUUCCAUUUAACUGUUUUCCAUCUCUCCCUGUGCUCUGUAUAAUCUUGUUUUUCCUCUGUGAUGGUUCCCUUGCCUGUAUAGGCUUUGUAUGAAUUUCAAUCAAGAUAUAUAAUCAUCCUGCUCACAAAACGACUGAUGGGACAAGAUGAUUUGAAGAGGAAGUGUGUAUUCAGACACAUACUACUAGUUUAAGUUGUGAAACUAUUUUUCUUUUCUUUUUUUAACCAUUUGCUCUGUGUCAGUCUGUCUGCUCCACUUCAGCAAAACCAGGAGUUUGUAAACGAAAUGAUCAAUCACUUCCUGGGUAGUGCAGCCUUCACUAUUUGUUCUGUCGAUCUGAAAGAGCACCAUGUGCGCGUGUCCACUAGUACGAGAGCCUUGCCAGCAGGGUGGGAAUCUCCAUCACAAAAUGGUGGACUGAGGUUGGUGCUAGUCAGUUUUAAUGCAGUUUUCAGCAACCGCCAUCUCAGUGCCAUGAGUCAGGCUACAUCCACAUUAAUACGUUGUCAUCAACUCUGCUAUUUAUACGCCUGGCGUCCAGACUACUCUUGAGUUUUAGACGCUGCUGGCCGCGUUUUAGUUUGAAAACUCUGGGGCCACAUUUUAGUCUGGAUGAUCAGAAACAGAGUUUUCAAACGAAAACGUAGUAGUAUGGAUGUAGCCUCAGAUCAUUUCAACGUGAGUGGCAUUUCAAAGCUUACGGGUUUUAUUUGGUGUAUUGAGCGCCUUAUUGAUGGUGUUAUGGAGAGAGAUUGUUACACAAUUGCCGCCAACACACUUCUUACCCAGCUCAAUUGUUGACCUUUUGAGGGGCAAUUGCACCAGCCGACUGAAAAGGAGCCUCGUCCUCUGACUGGCAAUCAGAGCCAAACUAUGAAAAUUCAGCCUGUUACAAGACAACAUAUCCCCACUGUGUUCUAUUUGACCUGUAGCGAGCUGCUAGUAAAUCGUUACAUUUUUUUAUAUAUAUAUUCACUGUAAUUAAGGCUUCCUUUGCUUUCCUCUCGAGGUCAAAACUUUCCAACUUGUGUCACUGGUUUCACUAUAGCCCCUUUUGUAGGUCAAAUCCAAGAAAAGAACAGGAGUUUGUGUCAAAAUGUGAAGUGCUCUGGGGUUAAAACCAUCUCCAAGCAGGUCUUUAACAUUCCAUAGAGGAAAUAGGAUUUCACUCCAUAAUGCCGUAUAUAUCCAUGUUUUGAGAUUUCUCUAAGACUACUCUCGUAGGCCAUGCUAAAACAACACCAGUAUUCUUUAUGCACCGCUUCCUGUGGUGGUGAAUGCCAGCAGCACUGUAGGUAGGAACCAGUUCUCCUGGAGGAAAACAUUUCAUGAUUAAUAACUGGGAAAAGAAAAGGCACUGAAUGUAACUUUACACUCAUUCUGUUGGCCAGUUGUUUUUUUAUUUUAUUUGAGGCGAAGUGUAUAGUUAUAUUUUUUUCCAGCAAAAUGAAUUUCUCGCCACAACAGUUGGGGGUUGUUGAAUAAGUGAGUUUGCACAUUGUGGUUUCCACUUACAGCCAAGACUGCAUUUUUCACUUAGAGAAUACGUUUCGCACAAAACAACCCAAAACCACAUUGUGCUGUAGGUGCGAAACGUAUUCUCUGUCAGUCUCAGGUAGGCUUUUAACAUCACCAUGACCAGGGCCUCAGUGGUGGUUGUCGUGGUGAUGUUGUCGCAUUUGGUGUGUGAAACAAUCGGUUGAGUUAAUGUGAGAAAUAUUCCUCUUUUUUUUUCUUUUCUUAUUUCCUCUUGAGUCACAGUUGCCUUGGAAACAGCCCCUCGUUUUCUGGAUCCAGUUGUUGUUAUGAUGAUGUUGUAUAUCUGCCAUCUGAUGAACCCACACUCUGCCUCGGGGAGGGUCAACAAACCUAAUCAUACAUUUGUUUUCAAAGAUUAAGGUUGAUAAAGACUAAAGAAUGGUGAACACCAAUCCUGCUCAUUGCAUGUAUUAUAUCUCCAGUAGAUGAUGGGGGGGGGGGGGGGGACAGAGAGAGGGGGGAGUCCAAACUAUCGAUAGAAGUGCUAGCGCACCAUGAUCACGAGUUAAGCCAGGCAAUGUUGACAGAACAUCUUGUGCUAUGGAGAGAUGUAGAGUUUCUGUGUCACCUGUGAAUGACUGGGCCCUGAUCUGAAGCUUCAGUGGUGGGACAGCUGUGGUCCACCGGUGUGUUAUGAAAUGAUUCCUGGGCUGAGUUGAUAUUUAAACCGUAAAGUUGGAUUGAGCCAUUGGGCUUCUACCUUUCGUGAGUAGCCGCUUUUAGAAAAGUUACCAUCUCAAAUGUCGACAGCUCAGUUCAGUCGGAGGUCGAGGCAACGGCAUCGCAGUCUGUGAAGGUCCAUGUCGUGGUCACUAGUUUACAAGGCUGGCUUUUCCGUGGACUGAUGUGUAACCAGAGUUUCACAGCAUGGCAGCACCUUGCAGGUUCAGGAUGAAACGCACCUUGUUAUGGGCUACCAAAUGUUUGGGCCUCCAUUAUUGGACCUUGAUGGUUCAGCCGUGCUAAUCUCUCUCGUCCUUGGUCUAUAUCUCAGGAUGAAUGCACUUUGGUACCAAGAGUUUCUUUUAAAGGCUGUCUGUGGCUUUGUGAGUAGAGCUGUACAUUCAGAAGGGAGAGCAACACCAACAUGAAGACAUUAAAAUAUAUUGGGUUUUUAUCUUAUCUUCCUCCUCCCUUCGGCCAUUGUUUUCCCCUCCUCCUCAUUGUAUAGCUCGAGUUUAUUGCUUUGUGUUGUUUAUUGUCGUCAGCUGAUGAUAACUGAAAUCACAGCAGUUUAAUGGUAGAAUGUAAUAUCAAGCUAGACGGCUCAGCAAAGUAAAUAGACUUUUACAAACGGAUAUUAACAAGCUGAUUUUACAGGCUCCAUCCCUAUCCGCCAUGUCUAUCCACCUUUGUUCGCUGUCUUCUCAUGUCUCCGUAAAUUAUUGGCUCCUCACAAGAAGUCAGCUAUCACUGUUUGAGCCCCUAUGACCGUGUUUCUACCAAGAAUAAAAUGAGGGGCUGUGGUUUUACCAGAUUCUGCUAGAGUGGAUUAAAAGUUUCAUCUUCUUUAUAAUCUUUUCAUUGAAGAAUGUAUUAAAAUAAAUUGUCUUCUUAUCAUAGUCACUUCCCAUAUGGAAAUAUUAUUUAUCAAAAAUUGAUGGUUAACUAUUUGUGAUAUAGAAAUAUUUUAAGAACCUUUAGGCCACAGAAUGCAGAGGAGUACGUAGAUAAUUGCAGAGUAAUGUCUCUUUUUUUUAAUAUAUUGCUUCUAUUAGUUUGUUUCUUCACCAAAACGCCCAACGUUUCGUGAGAUGAUGUGGAAAUAAUGCUGUGCAGAGAAAGAAGAGUUGAGACUACAGGCAAAUUACUUUAAGGUUUGACACAUCAGGGGAGGAUACCGCAUAGCAUGUUGAAAAAUACUGCCAGUGGGAAAACAACCUGUCCCUGAUCACUAUACAUUGAGCCAUGUUGUGCCUGAAAGCCUCUGGAGUUUCUCUUUGCUCUUCCCAAGUUACUGGCUUUGUGUUGUGUAUUAGUCGUUGCUGUGAUUUGUUAGUCCACUCUUUAGGGAGGCAGCGUUACAGUAGCUAGAGCUUUCAGCACACGCGUAUACAUUUUUCUCAGUGUGCCUGGAUUUCUUUUGUGCAAGAUUUCAUGUGAAAAGUAUAUCCAGUAGAAAAUGUGCAAAUACAAUGUUUUGAAUGUGUUUGUGAAGAAGAUAUCAGCAGUGUAGCCGUUGUAUGUUUUCUGCGUUCGUGUGCGUGUGUGUAUAUUUAAAGAGUGAGGGUUUUGGCUUGCUCGUGUCCAGCAGCACAGUCUUAUCACUUCUACUGCAGCAGGAAACAGGAACUGAAAUCGUUUCGUUCUCAGGGUACAAUCGGUUUUCAAAGUGCGGAAGAGGACAGAAAAUAACAAUCGCUCAGGCUGCUUACUCGUUCAAUUGAAUAUUAGGAGUCACUGGAUCUGUUCUCCUCUCCUAGAUGUGUUUUAAGCUGCCAAAGACCACAGUGGAACAAACUUAACCCAGACACAAGUCUAACUGAAGUGCCCGCACACAGACACUGGCAGGAGGCAGGUCCAGUAUUCUAAUCCUAACCUUCUUUUUCUCUUUACUCCUUGUGGUUCCACUCCUCUCUUGAGCCGUUUUGGAGGAUGUCCACACAAUUGGAUGAGGACUUUCUCGGGAGGUUGCCUUUCAAACAUGAAAAGCGCAGCAGGAGAUUCUCCGCUUAGGUGCGUUCACAACAACACAGAAAUCUUCAUAGCGUUCAGGUGAGAUGUGGUGCAGGAAGGGGCAGAACAUAAUGUAGAAAUUCUACUGCGGAGAUCAUAUUUUUGUUUGCAGCACAUUGACUCUAGUGUAGGCCCUUAAACCAAAAGCUCUUUUGAUGUUUUUGUCUGCCUCUUCUGAGUGUAUGGCGCCGCUUUUCAUCCUGAGAUAUUAUUAUUCCUUUUGGUUUUUCUCUUACUCAGUGGCGUGUUCAAAAUGUCAUCAAUAAGCCCACUCAAUCGCUGUGAAUCCUGCGGAGAAUCACCUGCUGUGAUCUCGUAACGGCUCAUUCAGACUUCCUCCAGAGUUUUUACUAGAGGGCUGACCUAAGAAACUCUGCAGCCUCUCAUUUGCCUUCUCAUUUACAGCCCCUCCGGAGAAUGUCAGGAGGUUAUUCAAAGUUCAAUGCACGUCGGAAAGCAGCUUGUGUUACCUCCUCUGAUUAUGACCACUCUGUUUUUGUGUGUCCAAACACUGGCCUUGAUGUAAUAUGGAGAAAACUGCUGGACUGGCUGAAUCGUCAACAGUCCUUGUAGAUCAAGUCCAAAGCAGACCUGUGCACAAAGGCAUGGCUAAUCUGUCGUGGCUAUAUUGAAUUACAUAUAUAUCCAACAUAUGUUAUUUGAUAUGGGUUUGCAGAAUUGUUGCACAUCAUGAAUGCCACUCAGGAUAUACAUUACAUGUUGCCGUAGGAUCGCAAAGAAAGUACAGUGAAGUACAGUUAUGCCGCUGUGUGCUCUCUUCCAUAUUCCCUCCCCCCUUUGUCUUUUCUCCAUCACCUGUUCAACUGUGAGGAGUGAGUGAAUGUAAAACUAAAGGCGAGGAGGACGAGAAGUUUGGAUCUAUCUCAGAACACAUCAGGGACCAAAUACUCUCCUCAGUUUCAGGACAAAGGCCCCUGUGCUUGAUGUUUAUGUAUUGUUUCCUGCAAGCCCCGGGCCAGGGUCAGGUUUGAUGGAAAACAUUUAGUCCUGAGCUGUUGGAGCUGUUAAAAAAAAUGCUGCUAGAGAUCUGCUAAAAGAGGACAUUCCACAUAGGGGGUUGCUCAGGCCAUCUGACUAGCAAACAGUCUACUACAAGAAAAUUAAACCCUCUCUAUUUUUUUAUAUUUAUUUUCGAAUGGUGUGAUUUUGAAGGGAUCAGAGAUGCAGCUAGCACUGACAGUCACACCAGAUCACCAGCUGGUCUGAGCAGAGCAGAGGUGUGAUACCAUUUCGAAAGGGGUUGAUAUAAAGUGUCACUAUUUCAACGGUCAACUGUGUUUCUAACAUGCGUUCCUGCAAUGCCAAGCUUUGCUUUCACUCGAUGCUUCGAUGCAUCCCGAGGCCAUUUAAGGGCCUUUUGUGUCAGGUACACAAAAGGUCACAAGUGAAAGCACGCCACACUGACUGCGCUAUAUAUAAAGUCGAGUUACUCUUUCCGUGAAAUCAGUUGCUUUCACUCGUUGAAUCAAUCUUCCAGUUAAUGAACGUCACAACCCGGGAAGAAGAGCUCAGUCUGCGUAUCUAGCACACACACAAAUACGUGCAGACGUCAAUGUAAAUGUUCAGGAUGGAUACAAAAGGGCACCUGGCGUCUUGGCUGGACUUAUUUUUUUACACCGUAUGCAGACAGGGGUUUGUGUAUGACAAUGAUAUAAUGUGUAAACACAUAGACUGACACACAGUGAAUUUUUUAAUGAGUUCUUCCAUGAAAGUGACAGGUAGAAGACUUUGGAGCAGAGACAGGGUUUCAGUUAUUCAGGAGACCAUUACCAGCAGUUAGUGUACAUGCAUGGUUGCAGCCAGGUCAAUAUGCCCCUUUUGAGUUGUUUAUGUCCUUCUUUUUAUUUUGCUAUGUUUUUUGUGCUGUUUAUAUGCAUUCAUAGAGAAUAUCCUGGAACAUAGCAGGGCCCCCUGUCGCCUGAUGGGAAUUUGAAUCCACAGAGCUGGCCUCUUAAUGUCAACCAUCUGAGACAGUUGGUGUUGACGGCUUAUUAGAACUCAGUGUCAUGAUCAGAAGAUCUACAGGGAUCUAGGUUUGUCUGUCUGACCAGGCCUUAAGACAAACAGCAGAGUUUGACACGUUUGUGCUUAUACUCAACAGCCAAUACUAAUCUCACUUACAUGGUCAGAAGUGUGACUGUGUGUGUUUAGUUCCAAAGCAGCAGACUGUGUUAGAUCUGCAUCAGUCUAAACAUAGGCUCAGAGCCACAGACACGCACAUCAGACAUGACCAGUUUCCUUUCCACUUGAAUCACUGCUCAGACUCAACUGGAGAGGUUGUGAUUUUGACUCUCAGGAUGUUGGUGAAAGUAAACCUGAAAAUAGCGGUGAAAAGAGGUAGUAAGAUGGUUGUGGGCCUACAACCUUCCCCAACAAGAUUCAGGGAAGAGGUAAAUGUUUAUGAAAGGGUUAUUAUGACGAGACUGGGUUUCCUCACCACAAUGUGUUAUAAGACUCUUCCUGUCUCUUAAAUUUUUUUAUGGAACGGCUAAGAUCAUAGACUACUACCAGUAACAUGCAAGACAUUGAAUGAGCUCACAUAGGGCUGGACUCAGGCGGGAAUGUGAAGAAUCUGAUAAACAUCCUGAUAUAUGUUUCUGUUACUUGGAGAAAAACACUGGAUGUGCAUCACACUGGUAUGAAAUCAGUCCUGUGUAACAACAGAUAAAGCUCUAUAGAUGUGUAUGAGGCGAGUUUAUGACCUCAGUGAAAGGGAGGUUCUGCCAUCAGCAGCAGGCCACACUGAGACGUUUUAGAGGAAGUUAUUAUUCUCCUGUUUUCAGGUUUCGCCAUAGCUUUAGAUCUCAGCAGCUCUGAUGUUUCUGGCGAGUAAACAAAGUUUUUCUUGUCGAUUACUGGAGAGCCAAACCUCCUAAUUAGCCAGGCAGGCCUGCUGCCCAGUCCAGCCUCCCAACUAUGCAAGAGGAAUGCAUAUAAUCCACUCUUUUUGUUUUUGUUUAGUUUUUCUUUCUCUCACUGUCACGCAGAAGAAAUGAAAAUGUUACAACUAAUAAGAACUUGCAAUGACAAUACUUGGCCUUAUGAUUUGUGAAAUCUUAUCAUUUUGUUUUAAGAUCUUUUUGAUUCUGGUCAGCCAGCCCAGCGACAGCAUCGGUGACGGCGGGCUCACUCUUGGUCUCUGUGAGACUGGCUAGAUGGCCCCAGUUUUAUCGUGGUACGAAUGUUGUGCAUUUGUUUAAAAUCAGGAGAUGUUUGCAAUAACAGCAGUCUUACUAGUGGCCACAACGGGGCACAAGCAGUGCUGACAGCGCCCGGCUGCGUCUUUAGAAAACCAUAGAGGAAGAAAUAUAAACUAUAUAGAUAGAUAUAUAAACUCACAUAGUGCAUAUUUGUAUAGGUAUCAACAAUGCAUUACCGUGGUAUACUCUUAUGCAACACAUGUCCGGGUUCAAUUUAUGAACGUGAAGUAUGUUAUUGAAAUCACGCAGACUUUGUAAAUCAGAAGCUAUGUCGUUGUGUGUGUGUGUGUUUUGCAAAAAUGGUUUUACCAUCCUUAAUGUUGAAUAGUCAGAGCGCUAUGUUCCUGUGUGACUGUUUGUUCAAGUGAGCACAUAGCAGCGGGUUUUACUCUCUGUAAGCGGGGAACCAGACGUUACCCAAAAUACAGCUGGACCAGAUUUCAUAAACCACGGAGCAUACGUCAAAUAUCUUUUUUAUUAUUGUUCUAAAACCUACAAAUCGGAUCUGUGCACAGCUUUUAAAACAUAUAGAGUCUAGUUUCUAACUCACCUCUGCAUGUUUCAAGCAGAAAUAGAUGUGCUCCCACUUGAUUGGUUCCUCAGCAGCAUGGAUUAGCAUGACUUGUUAUGACCAAGAAACGAGGAGUUCCACCACAACAAGUGCUCUUUUAAAAGAAACAUUUUAUUCGUGAACCUGAAACAAAGACUUAAGUCUUAUAAUAAAAGUCUGAUUUGAAAUCUUCCCAGCUGUUUAUUGGAUUAGUCUGCAUGAGAGGAUUUUAUCAGUGAGAACAGUGUUGAUCCAUGGUUCUGUUGUUGAGAAAAAAACAGGACGUUUUACAAACCUCUGUGUAAACCUCUUAACUGGCAGGUGGCGAACACUUGUGGGGUCAACUUGCUGAACGAUGAUUUGAAUCAAUGUUGAAUGAAUGCUUAUCUUCUUUGAGUCAGUGAAUAAAAGCAUUAAAAAGUCA